UGGCUAGUCGUGCCCAAAUAGGCGUGACAUUAGCGAGAACAGGCCAGAAAUGUGACGCCUCGCACCCAUCUCGACGUUGUUAUUGAUGGCACGAAAUUCGAUCAGACAAUAAACGGGGCGAGUGACGCGUCGUGGCCGUCCUGGCGGCGACACACGGCCAGGGACACCCAUGCUCCAGCCCCUCAGAGGCAGCUGUGUGUCCGUAGAGCUGCCCACUGGGAACAGGCAGCCAGAGUAGGAUAACAUGCUUUGUUGAUGGUCGAAAAUACCCUCAGAUAAAAUAGAGGACAGUAAUUCCCUCCAUGGCCGGGGAGACGCACACUCGAGUCAUCACAGAGCCAGGUGAGGAAAAGGACGAUGGCCAAGAUGAGACAGGUACGACCGACUCUGAGGUGGUGCUGGACCUGUGUGGCCGGCGACUCAAGAGGCUGGAGAAGGCACCGGCCAACCAAGCCUAUGCCACGGCCCUGGUGCUGGACAACAACAACCUGCAGAACCUGGCCAACCUGGACAGUUAUGGGGAGCUGGAGAGGCUGUCUAUUGCCAACAACCAACUGGUGCGGAUGUACUGGUUUGCACGGAUGUACUCCCUGCGGGUGCUCAACCUUCCCAACAACAACAUAGUGCAGGUGGAGGGGCUCAGGGAACUUAUCCACCUCAUCCACCUCAACUUGGCCAGUAACAAGAUCAAGACCAUUGAGGGCCUAAGCUACAACCGCACACUGGAGCAUCUCAACCUCUCAGGAAAUGCAAUCUCACACGUCAACGACCUCUCCAUGCUGAAGAGCCUGAAGGAGCUGUUUUUGCACCGUAACCGCAUCAGCACAUUGUACCGCUGCAACAAGUACCUCCCCCCCAGCCUCAUCAUCCUGACACUCUCCGACAACACCCUCACCGACCUCAAUGACCUCUCCAACUUGUCGCACCUAAACCACCUUGAACAGGUCACCAUACUCAACAACCCCUGUCUUGACCCCGUGCAACCCACUGACGAGGCCGGCCUGCCUUUGGGGCCUCUGCUGGCCUUUGACUACAGGCCAUACGUCAUCAACUGGUGCCUUAACCUCAAGGUUCUUGACGGCUACAAGGUAACGCCCAAAGAGAGCCUCAAGGCGGAGUGGCUGUACUCGCAGGGCAAGGGUCGAGGGUUCCAGGUUGGUGAACAUGCCGCUCUGGUGCAGUACUUGUCCGGGGUGUGCCUGGCUGGGGGUGGUUGGGGCGGCGCUGACCUCCCAGACGACGAUGACAAACUUGCCAAGAUUCUCCAGCUGGCCAAGCAACACCAGCACGACCUGCGCCACACAACAGUUAACGGGCAGGAUGUGAGUGGCAGCGAGCCAGUAAAUGGGCGUGCUGGCAGCAGGUCGAACAGCCAACAUGACUCUCCGGCUCUCCACCGACGCAGUGCCGUGCGCUCUGCCUCGCUGCGACGGAACACCGCACCCUCGCGACCAGCACCUGCCCGGGAGUGUCACCGUCGCACACAUUCUCACUCAGCAUCUCUCAGGGGGGACUUAGGAGGCGGCAGUGGAGGCAGCAGUGCACGUUCCUACCACGUGGAACUGUCCAACACCCUUUAUGGUGGAGACCUGCGCACGCCAGAGACGCCAAGCCUCAUGACGCAGAGUAUGGACCCAUCUAUCCUGGCACAGCUGGCUGGUCCAUCCACGCGGCCGCAGCACUCAGCCAACCUUAUGUCCCGCAGCCUCGGGGCAGAGCAGCUGUCCCGUUCGCUGGGCCUUGACCCCAUGAGUCAGUCCAUGGGCGAGGAGGAGUUCAAACAUUCCCUUGGCUUGACACCAUCUGAACCCCCAGACCCCAGUGCAACCAGCCUAGAGGGUCACGGUCACCUGACUAAUGGGGAGACGGAGGCGUGGGGGGAGUGUGUGGUGCAGGUUGCCCCCCAUGGCCACCCUCGACCUACUAGUCUGUUCAGGGCUGAGGCUGACCUGCAAGUGGAGGACCUGGACUCACAAGUGAAUGGUGGGCAUUUGUGUGUGGUUUCAUUUAAGCCUCAGCAUACCUCCUGUACCCCAAUCCCCUUUCUGCCACCUCAAAAACAAGCCCUUCACUGGUCCUUUACAGAGGUGGGCAGUCAGCUAAUGGGGUCCAGCAAGUUUGUGCCAGCCCCAGAGAGCAUCAUGAGUCCAGAAUUUCAGGCAGCUGUUGCUUCACAGCCUGCACAGAGCCUUGGCACAGGUCCACCAGGGUCGCUGGGGAGACCUCAUACCCAGUCAAGUUCCAGCCUGGGGCGCCCACCUAGCGCUCCAUCCACUGCCUCUCGCCCACCUCCGUCCAGUAGAGCACAGUCUGGCCCAGCAGCCCAGCCCCAGGCACCACAAAGGCAGGUAGGAGUGGGGGCAGGAGCAGCAGCAGCAGUGAGACUAUCAUCUGCCAAUCGGUCCCGAGCGUCACCAAUGAAAAGUGCAGCCCCCUCGUCGUCACUCCCCACAGAGCUUCCUCGCGGUUCUCCUUCCCGCAGUGCCCGGCCCAGUGCCAGUCAGAUCUGUGCCCUCAGUGGCCCCUCCACUCUCCCCAGACCCAAGCCAUCGCCCCGCCCAGCCCCAAGAUACGUGCGCUCAGUGUCAGUUGAGCCCGUGAGCAGGAGACAAGGGAACUCAAGAAAGAAGAUGGUGUCGCCUCACCACGGCUACUCUGACGCUGAGUCUGACAACACCGACUCGGAGAUGUCGGCCUCCAAGCUGCAGACCAUCAAGAGCAUCGCUGCCGAGCGCAAGCAGACAGAGAAGCGCGGGCGGGAGCUGCCUCACGCCACCCACAACUAUGACCCUGAGAAGUACAAGAAUGGAGCACAAGGCAGGCCUCUGGAGACAAAAGAUAGACACCGAUGUUCGAGUAACAGCAGCAGCAGCAGCAGCAGCGCCGAGGUCACCAAGCAGCAGGCAGCCAUCACCCUACAGAAGCACUGGCGUGGCUACAUGACGCGCAACCACAACCCCAACGCUGCGAAGAUCAGGGACGACAUACGACACUCCCGAGCUGAACAACACAUACAACACCUGACAGAGAAGUUGCGCUGCACGGAGGAGGCGCUGGAGCGUGAGCGGCGGCUGCGUCACAUGCAGCUUGAGGCGAUACGCACGCUGUGGAGGGAGAUACAGAAGUUGCAGGCCAGCAAGAGGGAUGGUGGUGGCCUGAACACACCCUCCACCCCCAUGACACCCCUCACCCCCCUCACCCCCAUGGACAACUGCCACAGGGAGGGGAAUGCACAGGGUGGGCAGGGGGCAACUGCUCCAGCUCCCUCUACCAAGGGUAAAAAAUACUCAGAGGAGAGUGUAAAGGAGCUCACUGAGUUCUGUGCUGCUCUACAGGGUCAGGUUGGGCAGCUGCAGGACUCCCUGUCAAUGGUGACGCAAGUUAUGAAUGCGUUUUGCAACCUGCCAGGGUCACAGACCCUGCUCACCAUGUCCCAGUCCAGCGGGUCAGGCCAUGAGCGGUCCCCUGGAGGUGCAGACUCUCCGCACUCACAGAGUGUGGCUUCUGUGACGGUGCCUCUGAGUGAGAGUGUCACGUCGCUAACACACUCUAUCUGUGCCCUCACAACGUCUAUUGUGAAGUCGCCUUCAAACCUGAAGAAGUCAGAGGAGAGCGAGGGCGGUGAUGGUGACGGAGGCCCAGUAGUGGAUGGUGAUGAUGACAACAACAGCAGCAGUGGUGGCCACUCCAGCGAUGGCUCUGAUGGUACGCCAGUUGCCUGCCAAAAACACCCGCCCCUCCACCAACACCUUCACCACCAUCACCACCAUCACCUUGCUAACUCGGUGGCUUCUGCUGAUCUCAACUCCACUGCACUGGACGUCUCCACCCUGUCUGUCGACUCUACCGAGGGUGGAGAGGCUGGAGACAUGACAGGCAGGGAUGAAGCGGAAUUGUCAGAGUCUAGUCAAUCAUCUCUCUCUGGCAGCCUCUCUGGGAGUCACUCUGGUGGUGGUGGUGGUGGUGGUGGUGGUGGAGGUGGUGGAAGUGGAGGUGGUGGAAGUGGAGGUGGUGGAAGUGGUGGUGGUAGUGGUAGUGGUACGGCUCCCCCAAGACCAUCCUCCCUCCCGGUGGCUCGCCCGCACACACCGCGCACAGUUGCCUCUUGACCCUCUAGACCUCCCUCAUCGCUACCCCAAUAUCUCUCCUCCUCCUCCUCGUCCUCCUCAUCUUUCUCCUCCUCUUCCUGCUCCUCCUCCCUUUGCUUCUCGCUGCAGUCUCCGCCACAAGUCAUCCAACACUAUGCUUCCGCCCUUCUCUCUUCAGUACUCACAGACCUGACUCUGCCCACUCACUGCAAACCACGCUGAGGCCUGUCACACACUGCUACAGAAUUAUGUCACACUGGACCAAUGGAAGACAAUGCUAGUCUUUGCCAGGGUUGUAUUUAAAGGAAGGGGGAGUUAUGGAGAAGAAGCCCCUCUCUAAUUUAGUACCUUAUAUACUCAUGUAACUGUCAACCAUUCUAAGUCUGUGAUAUGUUCAGUUGAGGAAUUAAUUAAGCCUCCCAGAAAAAAGUAGUAUUUGUGCAAGAGUUGACCCCUAAGGCUACGAUUUUGUUCAGUUUAGGAAUGAAGUUAUCUUUCCAUAAAAAGUUAACUCAUCAUCAAUUCAGCCCCCAUAAGACUAGUACCUGUACACAGAUCUGCACCCUACACCUGGCUCCUUGAAUUCAACCUUUACAUGAGUCUGUAUGGCACUAAGUGUUGCCUGAGAUUGGUUUUGGCAUCACUUUUAGUUAAGUGGGCUGCUGAAGUAACCUAACGCCCCCAAACCAAUUUCUAGAUACAUGGCCCUGGCCUCGGUGAUGAUUGCUUGUGAUUAGUUUUUUAUGUAUGUUUAUGUGUGUGAGUGAGGGGGGGGUGGGGGGGUCUAGUGGGUUAGAGCUUCAAGCCAUGGAAGUGAAGAGCCAAGGCGAGUUGCUUCAAUCCCAGUGCCGCCGCGUGACAUGAGGAAGGGCACCUGGUCUUAGACCCCAAGCUACAACCUCAAAACAACAAACCCAUAUAAACAUGGGCCAAAGCUAUCAAGAGGAAGUGUGUGUGUGUGUGUGUGUGUGUGUGUGUGUGUGUGUGUGUGUGUGUGUGUGUGUACUUUAUCGAGGCGAACACUGCUAUGAAGCCUCAACACACUGGGCUGAAGGAGGAUAUAAAUGGCAGCUGCUUAUUUGAGAUCUUUAUUUGACUUUAUAGCUUUUGGUAAUAGUAAUAAUGGUGAUGAGGGGAAUUGGUCUUUGGAUUCUCUCUCUCUCUCUCUCUUUUUUUGUAAUGAACAGUGUGAAAAGGUAAUACAGACAAUAGGAUGAAGCAUGGAAAUCAUUAAUGUAUAUAGAUGACAUUCCAGGAGUGAACAGUUAUGUACGUGCACAUUUGCAGAUGAUACAAAAUUACUGAGGAAAAUAAGAAAUGAAAGACUGAGGAGCAUUGCGUAAAGAUGUAAACAUGAUAUAUGGAUGGUGUAAAACAUGGGAAAUGAAAGUCAGUGCAAAAGAAAUGACAUGUGCUGGAAAUGGGGAAGAGUGAAAUGAGACAUGCAUACUCUUAUGAAGUGGGAAAUAAUGUAAUAGUAAGAGAAGAGGAGGAGAAGGACCUGGAAGUGGUGAUUCAGGGUAAUUUGUCACCAGACAAGCAUAUAAACAAUAUAUUUGGAGAUACAUACAGCAUGCCGAGGAAUAUAAAAAAAAUGCCAUUUCACUACCUGGAUAAAAGAUAGGAUGAGAAAAAUAACUGCAGAGAUUAGACCAAAACUGAAAUAUGCAGAAGUUGAGUGGCUGCCUCACAUGAAGAAACACCUGAAGAAGCUGGAAAGAAUACAAACUAUGGCCACCAAGAUGGUACCAGAGCAGAAAGGUCUAACUUAGGAAGAAAGAUUAAGAGAAUUGUAGCAGCUAACAUUGGAGGAAAGAAGAGAGAGGGGAAACCUGAUUAAAUAUAAACUUCAUGAAUGCCUUUAGAGGAAUCAGAUAAUAAUACAGAUCAAUCAUUAAAAAGAGAAAGUGAAGUCAGAGUGUAGGAGACAGGAAAAAAUGUGAAAGGGAAGAUGUCUUAAUGACACAAAAAAGUACAGACUUCCCUGUAGAAGUAGUAUAGAUACGUGGGAUGAGCUAGAAGAAGGGAUGGAGGCAAAGAGUGUGGCAUUUUAAGAAAAAGCUGGACAAGUGUAGACAUGGAGACAGGACCACAUGAAUGUAGCUCAGGGCCUGUACAGUACAACUAUAGUCCAUUGACUCUAACUUGAGCCCUGUGGCUUGGCCCAGGGAAACCCCCAUUAUUUACUAGUGUUGACAUGCGCAUGGCGAUCUGCCUUACUGUUAGUCUGUACGUUAUCUAUUUAUGGAAUAUAUAUACAUUCAUAAUACGACUGCAUGGUGUUGUGAAUGGCUUGGGAUUAGAGGAAAAGACCGACCCAAUAAACCUUCCAUAUCACUUGGCAACAGGGUUCAUGCGACGUUGCCUCCUGACAGACCUUGGCAACAGGCGCCAGGCCGCACCAUUCAGCGUUACGCCACAAUGGACAACUCAAAUAGAUCUCACUCUAACGCCCUGCACAGCCAUGCAAAAAGAGAGAGAGAGAGAGAGAGAGAGAGAGAGAGAGAGAGAGAGAGAGAGAGAGAGAGAGAGAGAGAGAGAGAGAGAGAGGAGGGGGGGGGGGGGGAGGCAACCCUCUCUGAGAAGAGUAAUGGAGUGAUGUGGCACCAGCGCGGUCUCGUGGGGAAUCCCUGAGUCGCACCCAAAGGCUCAAGUUAAAAUUGAUAGACUAUAGAUACACACACACACACACACACACACACACACACACACUAGGUUUAUAGGUAAAUACACACACACACAUGCAGGCACACAUGCUAUAGAUGGAUAACCAUUUGGUAUAAAAGACAUGGUUCAGGCAUUUGGCAUACUGUGCUCAGAACACUGGUUUAGAGAACACUGUUAAGCAAGAGAGAUUCAUUUAGAUGCAGACACAAAUGGUCACACUUGUUUUUGCCAUAUGAACGUAAAAUGCAUAACUGGAAAUGUGUGAUUUUUAAAAUUCUUCAGCUCAUAACAUUUAUAGGCCCUGUAGAAGUUAAGCAAUAUGUCCUUUGGUAAUGUAGUACUGGUAAUAACAUACUGGCAGUGUAGCAAUGAAGGUUGUUUGUUUUGAGUUUGUAAUUUCAGUACAGUAGGGUUCCAAAAAGCACAAAAUCAAAUGGGGUGAUUUGCAAGUAUUCUCAACUACAAUAUAUCUAACCAAAUAUUAAUUUCAGUAGGGCCAGCAGAUCUCAGAUAUCACAAGCCACAGAUGAAAAUGAAUUAGUUUUGUUGAGACAGAAUUCAACGUGAAAAGCAAUUAUUGCAACCCAUAACUUACAUGUAGUAAGUUGGACGCAUGCAAAUACUUGGGAGCUCAUGCACCCAACAAAGUCUUGACCGGUUUGGAGCCAAACUGAACUUUUUGUCACCAGCUCCUGGCACUAGUCUUUGUGUUCAGAUGCUUCCAUUUGUCAAGGAAAUUCAAAGUAGGGGUUUUGGUAAAUAGUACUUACAUUUUGACUCCUCAGUUUAUAUAUUUUUCUUUCAAUUGGCAAAAUAUGAUGAAAAGGAAAUAUAUUCACAUUUUGGUCAGUAAUCAUCAAGUGUGCUCAGUGAUCCAGUGUUAUUUAGCAGUCAGGUCCUUGCAAAAAAAAAAGUGACAAAAGAAAUCUUCUGAACACAUGCUAACGUGUGUUACAGUGGCAUAGAUGGCGGCCUGUGUGAGGAAUCCCGUGGGAGGACCCAGUGCCCAUACAGAUAUAUCUUUUUGGCAAAUUAAAGCAUGUUUUCUUUCUCUCAGAAUUUCAUAUAGGGGGGCUAAACUUUUCUCUAUAGGGGAUCAAGGCCCACACAGACCUUCCCCAUAGCUACAACACUGGUGUGAAGAAAUUUAUUUUGUACAGGGCUAAAAUCUCUAAACCUUUCAAGGAAAGACUGAAGGAGAAAAGUGAGGGUUUUGGUGGCCUGGGGAUCAGAAUUAUUUGGAGGCCAAGCAAGAAAGUGUGAUCCUAUCAGAGCUGAGCAGUGAGUGUUGGUUGUAGAGGCCCCUGUUGUGUGCUAUUGGCCAGAACCUUGGCAUGACAAGCCCUUUUGUCUGUAUUGGACCAGAAAUCAAAGCAGCAAAAACUGCCUCGGUUGUGGGUGGGUGUUGUCCUUGUGUGUGUGUGCCAUUUCUUGAUCAGACCUCUUUGCGUGCCAUACCAACACCAUCAGAAGCAGUGGGUUCAUGUGGUGUGGCAGUAAGCCUUAUGCAGACCUCUUAUUAUGUGCAAAGGAUUUAAAUCUCAUUCAUGCCAGCAAAACAGCCUCAGCAGUGGAUAUUUGUGUAUUGGUGUGGCAGUAAGCCCUGUGCUGAUCUUUUAGGGCAAGAACUGCAACAUUACUGGUAAAAACAGCCUUGCCAGCUUUCCUCUGUGUCAUGUGUUUUGCUCUGUCUUACAUUUGUACCACAGACAAGCAGGCAUGCACAGUAAACUCAUCUCAGAACCCAAGUAUUAUUCUCUAGUCACAAGCUAGUCAUGUCAUUAUGUUUUUAGAUGUGCUGUGUUAGUCUUAGAGGCAGCUUCAGUAAUACUACCUGAGCUAAUGGCGAAAUUGUAUUAUUAUAGUUUUAAGAGAUCACCAAUUGUACUGUAGUGACUUAAGUAUACAUUGAAUUAUUUUACAAUUUCCUACUUUGUUCAUUCAGUCUAAAAUAUACGAAAGUGAUUGUGAAGGAAAAGGCAAGAAGAGGAAGGAAUUAACGGUAAGGAAAGGACUGGUAAAGCUUGUAAGGGUGUGUGUGUCUGUCUAUCCAUCUGUCUAUACCUUUGUGAUGGUAGAUGUGGCAGAAUGGGGGACUACUAGAACAGACCGAAUGAUAGAAA